CCGUGUUUUCUCCUAGUAUAGAAUUAAAAAUUUGAAUAAUGGCUCUAAAAGGAUUGAAUGUUCUGGAAUUUGUUGGUUUAGCUCCGGGACCAUUCUGCGGAAUGAUUUUAGCCGACUUUGGCGCGACCGUGACCAGGAUAGAUAAGUCACCGAUAAAUAGCUUGGACGUUCUUCAGGGUGGUAAAAGAACAUUGUCAUUAGACCUGAAGAAGCCGAAGGCUAUCGAGAUAGUUCGUUCUUUGAGCCGUAAAUCCGAUAUACUGAUUGAACCCUUCCGGCCAGGAGUUAUGGAAAAACUGGGAUUAGGUCCUGCUGUAAUGAUGAAGGAAAAUCCAAGGCUGAUCUACGCUCGUUUAACGGGAUUUGGUCAGAGCGGAUCCCAUGCACCCAGAGCAGGUCAUGAUAUCAAUUAUGUAGCCUUGUCAGGAAUCUUGUCCUUAUUCGGCAGGAAAGGGGAACGUCCAACUGCACCUAUAAAUUUUGCUGCUGAUUUUGCCGGCGGUGGUCUGUUGUGUGCUUUUGGAAUUUUAGCAGCAGUAUUGGAACGGCAUCACUCUGGAAUGGGUCAAAUUGUAGAUCAUUCAAUGGUUGAAGGCGCUGCUUAUGUUGGUAGUUGGCUUAUACGUUCCCAGAAACUUGCAAUAUGGGGGAAACGACGUGGGGAAAAUAUGCUGGAUACAGGAGCGCAUUUUUAUGAUACGUUCCAAACGAAGGAUGGCAAAUACAUGUCCGUUGGAGCUCUUGAACCACAAUUCUACAAAGAGCUGUUGCAGGGAUUGGACCUGCAAAACGAACUGCCUCAAUAUGACGAAAAUGACAAAAAUAGACACCUAAUUGAAGCUAUUUUCCUGACCAAAACGAGAGACGAAUGGACUGACAUAUUCAAAAAUCUAGAUGCGUGUGUAUUCCCGGUGCUCGAACUGGAAGAAGUAGAUCAAUAUCCGCACAAUCGGGAGCGUAGUGUUUUUCUGGAUAGAAAUCUUACUAAAGAUGGGGAACUUGUUCCAACACCUGCUCCAAAACUUAGCAGAACUCCGGCUCAUUCCGGCGCACUGGUCAUGGAGAAGGAUGAGCUUCAGAUGGUGAUGGAAAUUUGUGCAGAAAUCGAUUUGGGAGCUGAGGAUAUGGCAAGGUUGUGUGAGGAACGGGUAAUAUUGACAAGUACCAAGCCAAAGCUUUGAUCGGACGGAGUAGGUAUAUGGUGGUAGUAAUAAUUACGCUUGGGGCACAAUGUUUAGUCACAUGAGUGAUGCCGUUUACUUAUGAGCUAUUGCCGUUAAACUAAUAUUAUUUUUAUCGGUUCCAGAACUUGUUGAUGGAAUAUGCUGUUUUCUAGAAAGAUAUUAGAAUGUACAAAGGUG